AGAGAGAGGUGUUUCCCUUGGCUGUGGAAACUCUAUAAAGAGAGAGCUUGUUUCCCUUCUCGCGAGCAGUCAGCAGUAGGAGUCCUGUCCUUGACAUCUCAGCUGCCACAGGAUUGAGAAGUAAAACCCUUUGCCAGGGCUGGCACGAGUCACUGGCUGACAUGCAGCAGCCCUUCAAUUACCCAUAUCCCCAAGUCUACUGGGUGGACAGCAGUGCCAGCUCUCCCUGGGCCCCUCCAGGGUCAGUUCUCCCAUGCCCGUCCUCUGUGCCUGGAAGGCCUGGUCAAAGGAGGCCACCACCUCCGCCUCCACGGCCACCAGCACCACCGCCACCGCUGCCCCCAUUACCACUGCCACCUCUGAAGAAGAAGAGAGACCACAACACAGGCUUAUAUCUCCUUGUGAUGUUUUUCAUGGUUCUCGUGGCCCUGGUUGGAUUGGGGAUGGGGAUGUUUCAGGUCUUCCACCUACAGAAGGAGCUGGCUGAACUCCGAGAGUCCACCAGCCAAAAGCAUACAGAAUCAUCUUUGGAGAAACAAAUAGGCCACCCCAAUCCACCCUCUGAAAAAAAGGAACUGAAGAAAGUGGCCCAUUUAACAGGCAAGCCCAACUCAAGAUCCAUCCCUCUGGAAUGGGAAGAUACGUAUGGAAAUGCCCUGCUCUCUGGAGUGAGGUAUAAGAAGGGUGGCCUUGUGAUCAAUGAUACUGGACUGUACUUUGUGUAUUCCAAAGUGUACUUCCGAGGUCAGUCCUGCAACAACCAGCCCCUGAACCACAAGGUCUUCAUGAGGAACUCUAAGUACCCCCAGGAUCUGGUGCUGAUGGAGGAGAAGAUCAUGAAUUACUGCACUACUGGGCAGAUGUGGGCCCACAGCAGCUACCUAGGGGCAGUGUUCAAUCUUACCAGUGCUGACCAUUUAUAUGUCAAUGUAUCUGAGCUCUCUCUGGUCAAUUUUGAGGAAUCUAAAACAUUUUUUGGCUUAUAUAAGCUCUAAGAAAAGUCCUUUGGGAUUCUCUCCGUUAUGGUUUCUUGUUACAGACACUGAGAAUGUUGUCUUGAAUGAGGGUCUUCUUAAGCCUACUUGGGUCAAGUGAGGAGACAUGA